AUGGCCACUGCUGCUGUUAUUGGACUUAGCACAGGAAAUAGGUUGUUGAGUUCUUCAUUUUACUAUUCUGAUAUCGGUGAAAAGCUCUUGUACAUCAAUGAUCAUGCUUUGGCACAAUACCAAAUCACUUCACCUAAAAGCACAGUAGUCGCGAAAAAAGCAUCAAAUUAUAGCCCAAGUUUUCCAUCAUCCACUCGACCUGCACAUUCUGUUAAGGCUGUUAAAGAGCUUGCGGAUGUCGCCUCUGCUCCAACUGCAGAGGAGUGGCUUCAAGAAUCAAAUGAAUUAGAAGAGGAAGGCUUUGACCUUGACUAUUCAGUUGAGGCUCUUCUUUUGCUACAGAAAUCUUUGUUGGAAAAGCAGUGGAAUCUUUCUUUUGAAAGGACAGUGUCAUCUCCAUCCUCUAAUAAAAAGAGCCAUAAGAAGGUGCCAGUCACUUGUUCAGGUGUGUCUGCUAGGCAACGAAGAAUUAAUUCAAAGAAAAGAAUUGUGAGCCAAAAACCAACGGUACAACUUAGUGCCUCUAAGCAGCUAAGAUCACUCAUUAGUCCAGAGCUCCUUCAAAAUCGCUUCAAGGGCUAUGUAAAAGGUGGAGUAAGUGAAGAGAUGCUCAGCCACUCGGAAGUAGUUCGCCUGUCAAGGAAAAUCAAGACCGGACUUUUCCUUGGAGGAGCGAAAAUCAAGGUAAUAGUGGCAGAUUACAAGACCUUUUAA